CCUCCAGGAUUUUUCCCUGACUCACAGCAUCACCAUCCAAAAGUCUCCCUGGAGGAAGGUAUCUGCCUGCUGGUUUGUCUCUUUAUCCUUUGCCUCAUCCGCGGGAGAAGGGAGAAAAAAAAGCCAUAAACAAUCAACUCGCCUGCUGCUUUUUCCUUUUUUUAUUUCCCCCCUCCUGCUCCCUUCCUGUUGUCAAGGGGGGUAAAAUCCUCUUUCGGAAGGAGCUUUUCUAGCUCCAUGCAUGGACGGCAGCAAAUUGGAAGAGGUGAGCAGCAGGCAGAAGAUGUGAGAGCUGGAAGGGCCGUGCCGUGGGAGUGGUCCUCGCUUUGUGUGCAAGCGAGGCAGUGAGUGUGCAGCCUCCCACUCUGAGUGCAUCUUUUUUUGGAUGCUGUGCAGUUCCCUGUGUGAAAUGCUUUUUUGGUUAAAAGAGGAAGAGAUGUCACAUCAGGAGCUCACCCAGCGACUGACUACGGUUAUCACCCAUGUGGAUGAAAUCAUGCAGCAGGAGAUACGGCCGCUGGUUGCAGUGGAUAUAAUAGAGCAGCUCCACAGGCAAUUUGCUAUCUUGUCAGGAGGAAGAGGGAAGGAUGGGGCACCCAUUAUAACUUUUCCAGAAUUUGCAGGAUUCAGUGACAUACCUGAUGAAGAUUUUCUGAAUGUGGUCACAUAUCUAACCAGCAUUCCCAGUCUGGAGGCUGCCAGCAUCGGGUUCAUCAUCAUCAUAGACAGACGACGGGACAAAUGGAGCGCAGUCAAGGCAUCCCUGACACGGAUAGCAGGAGCAUUUCCAGGAAACCUGCAGCUGGUGUUUGUCCUGCGACCCUCCCGCUUUAUCCAAAGGACAAUCGCUGACAUUGGCAUUAAACUCUAUCGAGAUGACUUUAAAAUGAAGGUACCGAUCAUCAUGUUAAAUUCUGUCUCUGAUCUGCAUGGCUAUAUUGACAAAAGUCAGCUGACCCGGGAGCUGGGAGGAACCCUGGAGUAUGGCCACAGUCAGUGGAUACAUCACCGAACUGCUAUUGAAAACUUUGCAAUGACAGUAAAAACAACAGCACAGAUGCUACAGACCUUUGGAACAGACCUAGCAGAGACUGAACUUCCCAACGAUGUGCAGUGCACAGAGGAGCUCCUCUCUGCACACACUGACCACCAUAGCAAGCUGAAGGAUGAGCUGAAACUAGCUGUGAAGCAGGGGGCCACCCUACUGACAUGCAUUAGGGAGCCAGUCACCCGAAGCGCCAACAGCAAACUCAGUCCAGACGAACUGGAAAAUGUGGCAACAGUAGAAAGGUUGUUGGCUCAGUUGGAUGAAACAGAAAAGGCUUUUGAUCAGUUUUGGACCAAGCAUCACCUAAAACUAGAACAAUGCCUGCAGCUUCGACACUUUGAGCAUGAUUUUAGAGAGGUAAAACUGGCAUUGGAUAAUCUCAUGGAAGCACAAGCAGGUUUUGCUGACAUUGGAGACAGUGUGACUCGAGUGGAGCACCUCCUAAGGGAACAGAAACAACUGGAAGAGAAAGGACAGGAACCUUUGGAGAAGGCCCAGUCUCUAGCUCUCCAUGGAGAACAGCUCAUCCAAAACAACCAUUAUGCAGUUGACUCCAUUAGACCAAAGUGUGUUGAACUCAGGCGUAUUUGUGAUGACUUUACCAAUGAGACCAAGAAAAAGUAUGAUAUUUUGGGAAAGUCUCUUGAGCUGCAUAAGCAGUUAGAUAAGGCAAGCCAAUGGUGUGAAGCUGGAAUCUACCUCUUAGCUUCCCAAGCUGUGGACAAGUGCCAGUCACAAGAGGGAGCUGAAACUGCACUCGUUGAAAUUGAGAAAUUCCUGGUAACAGCUAAGGAACACCAGCUCUCUAACCCGAAGGAGUUCUACAAUCAGUUUGACAUGAUCUUCACCCCCGAAAUAAAGGCCAAUGCCCAAAGAAUUCUACAAAAACUAGAAGAUGUACAAGAAAUGUUUGACAAGAGGCAAGUAAGUCUGAAGAAGCUGGCAGCCAAACAGACCCGGCCAGUACAACCUGUUGCCCCACAUCCUGAAUCUUCCCCAAAGCGAGCAUCACCAAAGAUUACCAGACCAGCAGGAGUAGCUACCAACAGGAGGUCCACAGAAAUUUCCUGCCCUCCAAAGACCAUUUCUGAAGUAGAGUUAUCAAAAAAGAAAAACAUUAAGAAGACUAAAGGUGGAAUUAAGAUUGAAGUGAUGCAUGAAGCUAGUCAAGGAGGAUCUAGCAGAGUCCUGGUGAUGAGUGAAAGUGAUGAGAACUUGUCAACAAGGAGGAGCCACAUAAUCAAUGAGCUGAUAGAAACAGAACGGGUUUAUGUAGAAGAACUUCAAAGUAUAAUAGAGGGAUAUGCUUCAGAAAUGGACAAUCCCAAUUUAGUACAUCUGAUGCCAUCUGCACUCCAGAACAAGAAGGAAAUUCUUUUUGGGAACCUCCCAGAAAUCUACGAAUUCCACAACAGGAUUUUCCUUAAGGAGAUAGAAAAUUGCAUUGAAAACCCUGAGCUUCUUGCACGAUGCUUUUUGAAAAGAAAAGAGGACCUCCAAAUAUAUGAAAAAUACUGUCAGAACAAGCCAAGGUCCGAAGCUCUCUGGAGACAGUGUGGAGACAGCAUCUUUUUUCAGGAAUGUCAGCGUAAAUUGGAUCAUAAGCUCUCGCUAGAUGCUUAUCUCUUAAAGCCAGUCCAGAGAAUCACCAAGUACCAGUUGCUGUUAAAGGAAAUGCUGAAGUGCAGCAAGAAUUCAGAGGGUACAGCUGAAUUGGAAGAAGCCCUGGCCACGAUGCUUGAUAUCAUCAAAUCAGUAAAUGACUCAAUGCACCAGAUAGCAAUCACAGGAUAUGAGGGGGAUGUCAGUGAGCUUGGCAAACUGUUGAUGCAAGGUUCCUUCAAUGUGUGGACUGACCACAAGAAGGGGCACAACAAGGUGAAGGACUUGGCUAGAUUCAAACCGAUGCAGAGACACCUAUUCCUCUACACAAAGAUGCUACUUUUCUGCAAGAAACGGGAAGAGAACACAGAUGGCCAUGAGAAGACGGCUUCAUACAGCUUUAAAAAUUCAUUAAAGAUGAGCACUGUGGGCAUUACAGAAAAUGUAAAAGGGGAUAACAAGAAGUUUGAGAUCUGGUAUAAUGGCAGAGAAGAGGUCUAUAUCAUUCAGGCAUCUUCUGUUGAGUUGAAAAACACCUGGAUUUCAGAGAUUCGCAAAGUCCUGACAGGACAACUGGAAGCAUGUAGAGAAGCAAGUCAACUGCACCAAAGAAUCACUGAGAGUGUAUACCAUGCACCAAUGGAUUCCUCCAAUGCAAGCAGGUAUAGCAGGAAGUCAUCAAGUAUAUAUGAAAACAAAUCUGAGACAUCAAACGUGGAAGCAUCUAACAAUAAAAACAGGAAUUCCAGUCCCAGCGCCAGACAAAAGAGAGUUGAUGCUUCCACCAGCCUUAACCUUGAGCGCACAGCGCUUGCUAGAAAGCGAUUCACAUUGCAAGGUCUUUCCAACCGCAGAGCUCCACCCAAAGAUCCAGAAUCUAAGGAAAGAGAAGUUACCCGUCGCUUUUCCCUAGCCUCCUCCAUCAGCACCACAGUUAAUGCUUCUGCUGUGACCAAAGGUCCCCUUGUUCCUGCAGUUAAAGUCAAGAGACAUGAAAUAAAGAGUGACCCAACUCCCCUGGGGUUUGAAGAUGCUUUUGAGAACACCAUAUUGGCCCAGACUAAAUGUAAUACCAGUUCUACCACGAGACCCGUACCUAGAUCUGCUUCACAGACAGGUUGGCCCAGCAGGCAAAUGCCAUCUCUAGACACAUUUGAAGAUUUCGAAGCCAUCCCCUCCAGCACAGAUGAACUCUCCAACUCUUCUGACCUGGAGGAAGAGACCAACCCUAACAAUGGGACCAAUCUUUUUCGGGUAGAAGGCAGUUUUGACAGCUGUUUCCCGGAUUCUCUUACACUCGAGGAUGGAGAUUUAGUGCAGUUUGUGCAGGAAGGAGAGAACGGUCAAUGGUUAGUGAAGAAACUGGUCUCUGAGAAAAGUGAAUGGGUUCCUUCCAGUAUAUUGCAGCCAGCAGAGGGGGACAGUAACAACAUAAUUAAGAACAGCAAUGCAGAAAUGUACAACGAUUCCUGCAGUACAGCCUCAGUAGAGUCAGACACCAAGGAGAGCGAGGUGGCCAAAACCUUCCCAGCAGAACAGAGGGCUGGCAGCUGAACAGCAGGACCAGCCUUCCUCAGGACCCCAUCCAUCUCUAUUUAUUUUGGGUGGACACUGGAUCAAAGUUGCCUUUCUCACAAGCUCUGAGGUUCAUAAUUCACUAAAACUUUAUCAGCAUGAACAGAUGAGAACUGUGCUGUCCACCUGGCAAGCUGGGAAAAACAAACUUGAAAGGAACAUUAAACAUCCAGAAAGCAUCAAAACCCACCUUCAGUAUUAGAGGAGAAAAAUGCUUCUUGCAUUGAUUAUCAAACUGGUUCAGAAGAUGUGGCCUAAAUUAGGUCGACAGCAGAGCUGAAGAGUUACUAUGCACGCACCUUUUGGCAACUUUGCUUGAACACCGAGUCACUGCAGAGGGACACAUGCAUGGUUAUGAGUUCUUGCUCUACCAUGGGGGUCGCCUGGAGGUUUUUCCAUUUGCUUGCCUCUGGCUGUGCCUUCGCCGUCCUCCUUAAUUCCAGCUGAUACAUCAGAAACAUGCCCUUUUUGCUGAUGGUCAACACCAAAAACAUCCCAUUUUAGGGUGGUUGUGGAAAGGAAACUUCUGACUUGGACCAUCAGAGAGGCUUCAUGCAGCAAUGAUGUAACUACUUUUGUCAUGGCACAGUGAACGACCUGCUGCAUACAGCAUUAUGUUGGAAUGAUGCAGAUGGCAACUCCUGGCUAUGAGGUGGAGGUGCAGGGCUUAGCAGGGAAGCAAAGAUGUGUGACAGCUACUGUGACAAAGAACAUUUUGAACUCUUUUUACAAGUCAUUCCUCUGCUCCCUCUGCAGUCUGUGGUUGCUGGAUCACAAUCCUUUGCAUUUGGUGCCGAGAAUUCAAUUGAAUGCCAUUUAAUGUCAUAUGUUUGAGUAGACUGCAUGCUUUCUUUGUGUGCUGGGCUAUGGAGUAGAUACAUUUCAUCCCCCAUUUGGAAUAUACUUAAGCAUUGCAAAUAGGCAGUGAGCAUUAGAUGCUCCAAUGAGUGGAUAAAGUGUUGUUGUUAAAUACUUCUUUCCAGGACAUUUGAUUAAAGGACUGUACCAAAUCUCUGCCACAUAAGGAUGUAAUAUAUAAUAUAAAGUGAUUACAGAUGUUAUUAUUCCUAUACAAGCCAUUAGCUCAUUUACAGCAGCUGUUAAGGCAUGAAGGCAUUUUCAUGGUAAUUGGGUCUUAGGUCCCACAAAAGCUGCUAAUACUAUAGUAAAGAUAAGUAUUAACUAAGGGUUGCAAACAGGCAGGCAAAGAUCAGCCUGGUGAAAAUGACCCUAGAAGCUCAAGAGCGAGUGACUGGCUUUCACUAUUAGGGAUUUUUUGUUUAACCCUGAGACUAGUGGUGCUCUAUGUAAAUAACAAAGGGCACGAAAGCACUAAAAAUGGAGAUGAAGCAAAACCAAAACCCACCCUUUAAUAACUGAGCCUCUGAGCAAAAUAGUAGGGGUCUGUAUCAUUUCUGCUAUCAUCUUUGCAGGGACCCAAGUGUUUUUCUUUGUGUCUCAGUGGAGGCUGGCAUUGCAAAUAUCUUAGUGUGUGAGUCAGGAUAGCUGUGAAGCAGGUAGAUAGUCCCAUUAAAGAAAAAGCCUUGGAGAAGGUAAAGGCUUAUUCAGAUUUUGUUUGCCUGUGAAGGCUUGUUGGUUAAUUAUGAGUUGCACUGUGGUGGUUAAUUCCCAUGUUUCUUCUAACCUUCAAUAUCUAAACUCUGUGAUGUCUGACGUUUUCCGUUCAUGACUAAAGGACCUGAGAGUUCUGUACCUUUUUGGAAGCUAAUUUUGUCCUACAGAGAUAAAAGCUUGUCUCUUUUGUGCUGGUCAUUUACCUUAAAAAUGACACGUAGGCUCUCAGGAACAUGAAUCCUCUUUGUCUACUGUAGUUAUGAGCAUCUUGAAGGAAGAAUUGGUUCUUUUCAGUCCCCUAAGGAAAUAUGCAGUGAUGUUUUCUUGUAGUGCAAUUAUUUUAUCUUCUCCCUAAAAUGAGUUAAUUUUGGUUUCUGUAUUACUUUCAGUAAUUUUUGCACUGCCUGAUAAAAGUGCUUCUGUCUACCCCUGCCCAAAGCAUAGGAGAAGAAAGGGGGAGGGAGCUCUGAUUGCACAUAAAUAAAUAUAGUAAGCUUUUGUGUGUGUGUGUGAGAUUGAGAGAGAUGAGGAAGGGUUACCCUGGGUAUAUGAAACUGCCAAAACUAGGAUUUGUGACAUGGCGGACAGUUGGAAAGAUGCAAACCUGCACUUCGGAGUUUCUUUGGAGGAAUCUCAUUCUAACAGUGAAAUGGCAGUGGGAAGUAUCUGUUUGAACUGAAGAUGGAAAAUCAGGUAUUGUCAGUCCGUUUCCUAUCUCUGCUGGGUGCAGGGUGACAGUGUGCUAGUCCUAUAUCCCCCGGUGCCUCGAUACCUUCCUGUAAAAUGGGAGCUAUUGGAUUUUCCACGUGUCGAAUUCCAAUGCUAAAUUUUAGAAUGUAUAAAAAACUGGGGACCCUCCAGAGGAGAGCAAAACAUUCAACUCCAUAUGUCCUGCUGUGCCCUCCAUGAGUGUCAGUGGUGGCAUCCUGUGGGGCAGUCUAGAGCUGGAGCAGGGAAGAGGAUUGCUGCAGAAAUGUCUCCUCUCUCCCAGCUCACCAUCUCGUCAUGACAACUGCAAGGUAUGGGCUGGAUUGUAACAAUUCUCCUCCCUGCUUUGCUUUUGAAAACUAUAAUUUUUUUUUUUCCCCAAAAUCUCAUGUUUUAUCCUGUUGGACCAAAGUUUGAGCCACUCCUGCACCAUGAAUGUCCUGAGGAGGACAAGUAACUCACUGCCCCAUGGCUGCAUGCAGCAGUGGCACAGCACUUCGGUCUCAGCGGUCUUUGGGAGCUGAUUGUAUCACAGCCACCCUCGGACACUACUGAACCUGAGCAGGGAGCCCACAACCAUUAAUUGUGUCUUUAACUUUCCUGCAGUGCUGGUGAGCCAAAGGCAGCUGCCUGUUUCUCUCUCCAUGUUCCAAACGCGACCCUACUGCAACAUUUGCAGCUGCUGCUGGGGAGUGACCUGGGCCCUUUGCCUGCUUGGUGCCUGCGGUGCAAAUGUCAGUGAGACGGUGCCACACUGCUGGGUUGGCUUUUCUAAAGAAUGAGGUUCAAUGACAGAUUAGGCUGCUGACAAGUCUGAGAGCAGCCAACAAGAAGUAACCUUCUGGCUUUGCUGACAGGACAAAAUGGGGUUUGAUGACUUUUUUUUUUUAAUAGUAGACAGGGUAGUCUUUUAAUUAGUGUGUUUCUGUCAAGCAAGGUGAUAAUUAAGGGAAUGACUCUUCAUGUACAGUCUAGAAUAUGAUUUGGUAAUGUCCAGCAAGACUAAUGUGUACAUUAAGUAUACUUUGUACGUAGGUCUUUGACACCAUCAUUUUCCGGUAGAUGGACAUAAAAAUCAUAGUUUUCAAAUAUGGAUUUCAUUUCAGUGUUGUUUAGAGAUUAUAUAGUGACCAGAAAGUCAUUUAAAAGUAAUGGUUGCCACUAAGGUUCAGUUGUAGAAGAUACAAGGUCCAAGGUAAAUCUAUGCUGUGACCAGCAAGUCUGUGCCAGCUGCCUGGCUGUUCUCUCUGGGUCCGGACUAGUGAGACCUGCCCUCCAGGCUGAGGUUUUGACUUGGAUCUCCUCCCUCUGCUCUGCUGCUGUCUUAUGUGAAACUUGCAGAAACUUCACAUCCUCAAAACUCUGCCCUCUGCUCAGUCAGGUGUAGUUGGGCAACAGACUCCUUCCUUACUGGCGGUAAUGACAAACAGAUAGAGAGGCAGUUACCAUGAUAUGCAAGUUUUGCUUUUAGUAAACCAGGCUAAAAUGUAAUCAGGCCUGAUCCUCUCCUCUCACGUCUAACCCCACUGGGUGGAGAAUUAGACCAAUGGUCGUUGUCUUGAUCAUAAAUGGCUGCGGCCAAACCACGUCUGAACACUGGCUUUUCUUGCCAGUGACAACAAAGCUGUGCGUGUGUCUUAUAUUCUGGUUGUGUAUGUGAUGAAAAGCCAUUUUAUUAUCCAUAAGUUUCUUAGACUCUUGAGAUUUCAAACAGGAUUGGGUAUGAGAACGGCCAUGUGCUUCCUUUCCAAAAAUACUCAAAGCCUGACUUCAAAUAUAUAUAUAUAUGAUUAGAAAUAUAUAAGAAUAAUAAGAAAAAAGAGCCAAAUUGUGUAUUUCUUCUUGCAACUGGAGCUGAAAUAGCUGCUAAGAUUUCCUCUCCCCAGCUGAGAAUUGGUACAGUUUGUUUUUCUUACAUAUUUUCCAUGGUGUUGAUAAUGAUGUAUUUGUAUAUUGUGACUGAUGAGAGAUAAUCAGACAGGGAAAGAGCACAGAAUUACCUGUCCUUUUUUUCCAGUCAAGACAGAAUGUAUGAAUUUAUUACAAGAAAAAGGUGUGCAAAUGAACUUCCUGUAAUUAGGCCAUCCUGACCUGUGUAGAACCACACUUUGUCUGAAAUUUAUAAAAAUUAUAACUAGUACAAA